AUGAAUCAACCUGUACAAGAAAUGCAAACUGCUAGUAAUUCAACAGAACAGCCACUACAAGGACCAGGAAGAAAAUUAAGGUUCUCAAACGCAUCGAAGGAUAACAUCAUAUUCAAGAGAAAGAAAGAAAGAGUACACGAUUGGGUUCACGAUCACCAAGAAGCUACAUUUUCAGGAUGCAGUACAACUUUAUGGAUUGAAAGUUUAUCAACAAAAGUACAAGAAAUGCAAACUGCUAGUAAUUCAACAGAACAGCCACUACAAGGACCAGGAAGAAAAUUAAGGUUCUCAAACGCAUCGAAGGAUAACAUCAUAUUCAAGAGAAAGAAAGAAAGAGUACACGAUUGGGUUCACGAUCACCAAGAAGCUACAUUUUCAGGAUGCAGUACAACUUUAUGGAUUGAAAGUUUAUCAACAAAAGUACAGCAAUAA